AUGGCCUCUAUCUCUGCCACCUCAGUACCACCUUCCGGGAUUUGGUGCCCCGCUGUGACAUUCUUCAAUCCUGUCACCGAGGACCUCGAUCUUGAAGCGCAGUCCAAGUAUUACAAGUACCUGAGUACGACCGGUCUCGCCGGCCUUGUCAUUCUCGGCACGAAUGCCGAAGCCUUUCUCUUGACGAGAGAAGAACGAUUCCAGCUCAUCCAAACAGCGCGGGCGGCGACCGGUCCGAACUUUCCCAUCAUGGCCGGUGUGGGAUCCCACUCAACGCGUCAGGUAUUGCAGUUGAUAGACGACGCAGCUCAAGCCGGAGCCAACUAUGCCCUGCUUCUUCCUGCCGCCUACUUCGGAAAAGCCACCACGCCAGCGGUUAUUGUGGACUUUUACGACCAAGUUGCUCGAGGGUCUCUUCUGCCUAUUGUUAUGUACAAUUUCCCGGGAGUUUGCAAUGGCGUAGAUCUGGACUCGGAGCUGAUCACCCAAAUCGUCAAGCGGAAUCCGGGAAAGAUCGUGGGCGUCAAAUUGACCUGUGGCAGCGUAGCCAAAAUCGUUCGCCUGGUAGCGAGUCUCCCUUCUUGCGACUUUGCCACGUUCGGUGGCCAGUCGGAUUUCUUACUCGGUGGUCUUGCCGUCGGCUCGAGUGGGUGUAUCGCAGCGUUUGCGAAUGUGUUUCCCAAAACCAUUUGUCGGAUCCAUCAGCUCUACAGUCACGGCCGGAUUCGUGAAGCUCUGAAGCUACACCAGAGGGCGGCUUUGGCGGAAAGCCCAAUCAAGUCCGGGAUCGCGGCCACCAAAUACGCCGUGGCGACAUACUCGGCGCCGGCGGCUGGGAUCACGGACUGUGAAGGAAAGCUCUUGCCUCGACGCCCGUACCAAAAACCCAGCGAAGAUGUCAAAGCUGGAAUCAGUCAGCUGGAGGAGGAGAAUGCGAGAUUGAAAGCAGCAGUCCGCCGGCAUGCGGCCGCUGGCGACACAACCAGCAACAACGUCCCUCCGUCCAAACCGAUCGCGCCCACGCAGAAUCACGACCACGAGCAGCAACACGAGUUGGAAAGCCCCAGCAAUGCCGACGUGGUGAUAUCGAAUCCAUUGGUCGAGGAUCGUGCCUGGUUUGUGCAUGAUUCCACCUCGUCGCAGGCAGCCUAUGUCGGGGAGGCAUCAUGCACUGCGUUCGGCACCCGUUUGUACCAGUACCUCGACCGUAACACCUCUCCUUCGCCCAUUCCGCGGGCGCGCCUGGUGGGGGACGAAGUGCUCUCACAGAACAUUUUCACCGAAUACGCGCUUCCCCCGCGUGCUCAUGCCGUGUUCCUCAUCCGUGUGGCCAUUCGUCUCGUGGGUUUGGACUAUCACUUGAUGAUGAGGAAGCAAAUCCUGGAACAGCUCAACCAACUCUAUGUCGGUCGGCUCACCAUCGAGCAGGAUCCCCUUCUGGCAUGCCGUAUCUUUACCAUUUUCGCCCUGGGGGAGCUGUACACCAAUAAAGCGAAAGAGAGCCAAAAGGUUCAAGGCGCGCCAAACGUGCCGGGUCUGUGGUUCUUUGUCCGUGCCAUGAGUCUCUUUCAAGAGAUUCGGGAGGAAGCCACCGUGUCCUACAUCGAAGCCCUGCUCCUCAUCUCCAUCUACUCGCUAGCCUUGAACAGAGCCAAUUCGGCAUACGUCUACGCUGGGACCGCGCUGCGGUUGAGUCUUACGCUGGGCCUCCAUCACAACGUCCCUCCAAAUCAAAUGUUCAGCCCGAUCGAGCGAGAACGCCGCAUCCGCGUCUGGUGGACGGUCUACAUCUUUGACCGCAACUGGAGUUCCAAAUUGGGCCAUCCCAUCAUGAUACGAGACGACGACAUUGAUGUGGCCAUGCCAUCCAUGAAGGGUCUCAGCGCUGCAGAAAUGGCCGAGUUCUCCGAGCCCGAGCACCUGAUCGCCAAUGUGCAUCUAGCGAGGAUCACGGGAGAUAUUAUGAACCACAUCUACAACAAAAAUUGCCGUCGCCAGGUCUUCGUGCAAAGCGUGCAAAAGAUCUUACGCCGAUUGAGGUCAUGGGCGGAAACCCUCCCCGAGGUAAUUCGGCUGCAGCAGGACCCAACUCGCAGGUACACGGCCAGACAUGUGGCGUCCCUUCAUCUCUGUUUCAAUCAGCUCCAUUCCAGUUUCGAGGGACUCAACGGUGAGCCACCACCACCACCUAUAUCGACCAUCACCACCGCUCUCGCCGAGGCGUGUGUCCAUGCUGCGCGAAGCUCGAAUCAGAUUCUCGACCAGCUUUGGGUCGAUGGCUCGCUUGCCACAUUCGGGUUUUUCGACGCGCAAUACCUGUUUUCGUCGACCCUGGUCCUGCUCAUUGAAACACUGUUGCGGCCCGACACGUCUGAUUCCGAGGCUGUGAGCACGGCUAUUUAUCUGUUGAAAACCAUCUCAGAGGAGGGCAAUCUACCGGCCUACAGAUACUACGGCCACCUCAUGCAACUGCAAACAAUAAUAACCGCCUUUCAGACAAAAAGCUUGCGACAAUCGGGAGAAGGUCUGGAUCUGAUGCAGGACGGAGGCGGACUGGAAACAGAUGUCGCAGUCGAGUCUCUCCCGACCGCGUUGCCAGCACCCUUGGGGGACGGCCUGUGUCAGGAUGCCAACGCAACUUCAAACGCAUUGAUUACCGGGUCUGCGCUCGACGAUCCCUUCCUCCAGAAUUUUCUCGCUUAUUCGGAUUUACAAUGGCCGGCAACAAUUGAAGGUCUCGGGGCGAUUGGCAGUAGUGCCAUCUCACCUCCACAAUGGGUUUUGGAAUGGGAUACGCAGAACCAGGACUUGUACGGAAAUGAACCACUGACCAGAGACGAUUGA